UCCUAUUUCCUACCUCUCUGAGUUAUUUCAUUGAAGCGCGACUCAACGUUCUCCAUUGAAGUGUUCUCCGUUGAAUCUAAUUCUUGUAUCCCCCAUUGAAGCAGCUUCUAAGUUAUUCUCCACAUGUGGGAAAAUUAUGGAGGGGUAUUGCUUUGUUCGCUUCUCAACUAAAGAAGCUGCUGUCAGAGCUGUGAGUGAUAAAUCUGGAAUUAUGCUAGACGGCAGGAAAAUUGGUGUUCUUCCAUCAACACAGCAGUAUUCUCUGUUUCUGGGGAAUCUUCCCAAAGAGUGGAGUCCAGAUGAAUUUGACAGAGUGGUUAGGCAGGUAUUUCAGGACGUGGAUUCUGUAAACCUUGUUAUGAUGUCUAGUGAUGGAGUCACCCCAUCUACUCAUAAGCAGCAAAACCGCGGAUUUGGUUUUGUGCAGUUCUCAUCCCAUGCCGCUGCUGGACGUGCAUAUAGAUUGAGCUCAAAAUCAGAAUUUGUUCUUGGUGGAAAAUGCCAUCCAACUGUGCAGUGGGCUGAGGAGGAACCUGAAAUUGAUCCAGAUGAAUUUGCCAAGGUGAAGAUUGCUUUUAUCAGAAACCUUCCUGCAGACGUAACUGAAGGGUUUUUGAGGAAACUGUUUGGACCUUUUGGGGAGAUAGAGAAAGUAGUUCUGUCUAAGAAGGGUCAGUCCCAAGUUGGGUUUGUCCAUUAUGCUAAAAGACAGGAUCUUGACAGUGCAAUCAAGGGAUUGCAUGAUAGGACAGUCCAAGGGCCAAAUUCUGGUUUGUUUAAGCUCCAGGUUGAAGUUGCAAGACCCUUUGAGAAGAACAAGAAAAGAGCCCGUGAAGGAUCAAGUAGGGUCGUGACUGACGUGACUCAAUCCAAAGUCUUGAAAGCUGACUCUGGUUUUUCUUCAGGUGGCCAUGUGUUGAAAGUCCGUGAGGAACAUGUUGGUGAUCCAUAUGAAGCAGCAGUAGUCUCACUACCUGCUGCUGUACAAGAUCGUUUGCUUCGGAUCCUACGACUGGAUAUUGCUACCCGUUAUGAUAUUGACAUACGAUGCCUGAGAAGUCUUAAGGAGAUCCCAGAAUCAGCUGCGAUAUCUGUCCUUGAUCAGUUCCUGUUAUCAGGAGGAGAAGAAAUUGACAAAGGAGCAUUUCUUGCGGGAUUAAUUACCAAGUACCAGAUUAGAAGCCUAAGGACAAGUCAAUUACCUGAAUAUACGUCAAGGGAAGAUGAAUAUGUAAGUGCAAGAUCAGAAUUGGCCAGGUUACCAAGUCGAAGCCAGGUGCCAGUUGUGGACUCCUUUUCUUCUCACGUGGCCACCUCACGGUAUGAGAAAUAUUCUCCUAAUUUGCCCUAUUUUGAUUACUCACCAUCACCUCGAGCUGGCAUUACAAGAACAUUCGAGGAAAGGAAUACUUCUCCAGUGUACUUCCCAGGUUCAUCAAGCUAUGGAAAUUUGGGAUUAAAGUCGCCCAUUUUACGCACUGCAUCUCACCAACCUACACGACCUCAAGUUAGAUUUGAUCCUUACACAGGUGAACCUUAUAAAUUCGACCCCUACACAGGCGAACCUAUUCAACCGGAAACUCUUUCACGUGGCGGUCGAAGCCUUUACUGAUGGUGAUAGAGCCUUUGGGAGAGCUACCUUUUCCCUGGUAUUCCGGUGACCUGUGAGAAUACAUUAGCAAGUUUAAGUUGUACAAUUGUGAGAGUUGUACCUGUGAGAGUUGUAGGUUUUUCUUUCAAUAGUGUUUUACUUCUGGUCUUUUAGAAGACGAUAUCAAGUUGUUUUAGUUGUACAAAAGUGUUAAUUAAUUUAACCAGUUCAAUGAAAAUGGUAAGAGGUUUUCAUGAUUGAUUGUUUUA